AUGUUUGAAAAAAUAUUAGAAAAAGUAUUGAUUUAAUAUUUUGGGAAAUUUAUAAGUGGCUUGGAUAAGAAUAAUUUAAAGUUAGGAGUUUGGAGUGGAAAUAUGAUUAUAGAAAAUGUGAAUCUCAAACCUGAUAUUAUUGAGAUGUUGGAGUUACCAAUAAAACUAGGGAGAAGUAGUGUUGGGAAAUUAACGAUAAAAAUACCUUGGAAGAAAAUUACAAGCGCGCCUGUUGAAAUCACAAUUGAAAAUGUUUUUGUAACAUUGAUUCCACUUUUGGAUUGGGACUUUGAUGAUAAUAUAGUAUUGAUAAAAAAAGUUGAAGGAUUAACAAACUAUUGUUAAAAAUGUUUAAAAAGAGGAAUCAAGAAAAAAAAAAGUGAUGAAAAAGACAAAGGUUAUUUAGAUAAAAUGGCCUUAAAAAUAAUGGAUAAUAUUUAAUUGAAAAUUGUGAAUAUACAUAUCCGAUAUGAAGCAAUUUAUAACUGGGGUAUCACUUUAGAGAUGCUAGAUGUUUUCACAACAAAUCAGAUUUGGCAAAGAAGCUACAUAGAUAGGACAGAGUGUUAAAAUGCUAGUAUGAAUAAGCUAUUUUAAUUGAAAAACUUAGCCAUUUAUUGGAAUAUAAAAAGUGAAGAUAAUAUUGUGGAUUAUAAUAAAUUUAUGGAAGAAAGAAUUUUAAAAUAAAAUUUAGAGGCAAAAGAGUACUGCAAUUUUAUCAUCGUUAUUAAUGCUGAAAUGAAAGUAGUUUAAAAUGAUGAAAAUACUUAAGAAGCUUUAAAGAAUAUGUAAUUAUAUUUAGAUGAAAUAAACCUUAUAGUUUAAUAAAUGCAGUUUCAACAAUUUGUGCAUUUUUUUGAAUAAUGUACUAAAUAUUCUAAACUUUUAUGGCUAUAAAGAAAAAAAUAACUCAACAAAGUUUCUGAAACAAAUUAUUAUUAAUAAAGCUUUGUUAUAUUAUUUCCAAAAGUUUAAUAGCAUGGUUUAUCAAAUUUAGAUUAAACAGAGAAGGAUAAUUUUAAUCAAAUUAUAAGGUGUGUGGAAUAUAAUUUAUUACUAGAUUGGGUUUAGAUUUCUGCUAGAUAACUGAUAAAGGAAGCCAAGAUUACUAAAGCAACAACUGAUAAAAUAAAAAAAGAGACUGCAUGGUGGAAGUCUGAUAAAAAAUAAGCUUAAGAUAUUUAUUUAGAUGAAGAUGAAAUUGUGGCAAUUAAUAAAUAAAUUGAUUAAAUAUUUUAAGAAGAAAGGAAGAAAGUUAUGAAUAGACCAGAUGAAUCAAUAGAUUAUAAAUUUUCCUUACAAUUAAAUAAAGGUAAGUUAAAAAUUGAGAAUAAAGGAGAUGGAUUGUAAAUAUUUUUUUCCGGAAUGUAGUGUUCAUCUGAAACUCGUGUGGAUUAAAGUUAUGAUGUCAUUUUUAAAUUGUAAAGUUUAAAUUUGGAUUUAAUAAUCAAAGAUGAUACAUAACCAUUUUGCUAUAAACAAAAUAAUACGAGUAAGAUAGAAUAAUUUCUAAAAAUUCACUUUAAAAAAAAUCCAAAACACUUUGAAGAAGAUGCAUCAAUAAUGAUUUAGGUAGAACCAAUUGAAUGUACAUAUAAUAAUGAAAUAAUACGAAAAUGGAAUAAUUUUUUUGAUAUUGAAGGGGUGUAAGAGAAUGUUGUACAAAUAGCUGCUUAAGAAAAGUUAAAUAAAGUGAGCAAUCAAACAGCAAUCAGAUUUGAUUAAGUAAUGAACAGUUCAUACAGGUUAGAACUAUUCAUUUUAAUAGCUAGCCCCAGAAUAAUUUUAAAUAAUAUUAUAUUUGAUUUGGGUAACCUAAGCAUAUAAAGUGAAAAAGAUUCAAAGUAUUAUGAUUAUUACACCCUCUCAAUAACAAAUCUUAAUUUAAAGUCUAAUGAGCUACACAUUCUGUAAAAUUUAUCCCUUUAAUUUUCUCUAGAAAGAAUGAAAGGAGCCUUGAAUCACCCUGAAAAGCCAAGGCUUAUCUUAAGUGGUAUCAUACCCCCAGUUUCAAUUACUCUAACAGAAAAAAUUCAGAAGGAAAUAUCAACUUUAGAUAAAUUAAUUUAUCCUGAAAAAAGUGAAGAGGAAAAAUUAAAAAAACUAACAAAAGAGAAGGAAUAAAUCUUAAAAAAUUCUAAAUAUAAGGGUGAACUAAUCAAGAAAAUAAAUUAUUUGUGGACCAAAAGAUACACAGUUGUUUCAGGAUCAUUUUUAUAUUGUUAUUAGAAGGAGCAUGAUCUAAAAUGGGAAGAUAGAAUCUUAUUAAAAGGAGCUACUUUAAUUGAAAAUUACGAAUGCAUGAUUUUAUCUAACAAUCAAACUUGGUAUUUAAAAAUAGAUGAAAAUUUGACAAAAGAGUUGACCAAUAUGCUAGAUGAAUUUAAGGAUGAUGAAGGUGUUUAAAAUAUUUUAGUGGACUAAUCCUUAAUGUAAAUUUAAUUAAAAUUAUCACUCUUUGAUUUAAAACUAAUAAAAGAAAAUGAAUGCCUUUACUCCCUAAAAUUAGAGGAUGUAUUUUAUAAAUCACACAAGCAAACAAAUAGAUUUGAUAAUACAAUAAUUUUAGGAGAUCUAGAAAUUAUAGAUUAGGUAUAUAAAUUUGAUAAUCCUGAUCUUUAAUUUUUAAUAAGAAAAGAUCCAGAAUACAAGGAUGCAUUUCUUACCAUUGAAAAUAAAGUUGAGCACAAUUUUUCAUAAACAAAGCUAAAUAUAGGUUAAUUUAUUUUAAAUUGGAAACCUGAUACUUACUUAUCGAUUUAAUAAUUAAGUAAAUUAGGCACAAAAGCUUUUGGAAUUGAUGCUAUUAAUUUAGAAGAUGAAGAAGCUUCUUUAGUUUUAUAAGGAGAAUCUAGUGAUUAGAUAUUCUAGCAUAAAUUAGAUUAAUUACAAAGUUAAUAAUCUCAAAGAAGUUACAACAACAAAUUUUCUGAAAUUAUAAGCAAGAUAAUUUCCAAAAAAGCAGUUGAAGAAAAUAUCAAUUAAAUUGGAUAAUUAUUUACUAGUUUCUCUAUUGAAUCUGUAUAAAACAUAGAAGUAAAAAUAGAGCAAGCAAAAAUCAACUUAGUACAUAGGUAAUCGCAUGUGCUUUUAGGGUAUUUAUAGGCAUGUGAUUUAACACAUGAAGUAGAAUUUACAUAAAAUUCCAAAUUUAUGAGUGGUAACUUAAGAGAACUAAGAGUUUUCGAUGUUACUAAUUACCCUUUUACAUUAAAAUAAUAUCACCCAUUUGAAAUGGUGAACCUUGGUGAAAUAACAUAUCAAUAUGCUAAUUAUAAUAAGGACUAUUUUAAAGAUUAAAAUGAGAUAACCACUACUUUUAAUAUUUGUUCAAUUAAUAAAGUUGUUUUAGAGUAUCAGCAUUAAUAAUUGAACAGAUUUGUAAAUUAUUUUUUUAUUUAAAUUCUUUAACUUAUUUUUAAUCCUUCGUAAUUGAUUAUAAAUGAUGGAAAAGAGAAGCCAAAACUUGUCUGUGGAACUAUUGAAUAAUUAUUUAAUUGCUUUAUGAAUCCAUAAUUUAUGAUAUAAGAAUAUAGAAUGAAAGAUGUAAUAAUAAAUUUACGAAAAUAAUAUUAGGAUGCUGAUAAGUUAACUUUUAUGAUUAAUAAUGUAAUUUAUUCUAAUUCUCAUAUUCUUGAACCUGAAAGGUGUAAUAAUAAAGAAAUAAAUCUACCUAUUUGGGUAGAUUAAGGUAAUUUAGUUAUAAAAAAUAUAGAAUUAACAAUCAAUAAUUAAAUUAUAUCAAAAAAAAAUACUAUACAACUUAAUGUGAAAAAAUUACUAUUUGAGAAUGAAGUCAAAGAGUUAUUUGGCAUUAACUUAAAAAACAAUUAUGAAAUUAAAGGUUUUAUGCCUGAAUUAGAAAUUGAACUAACAAAAAAAGAAUUUUAGCUAUUUAUAACAAUUUUAUCAUUUAAUUUCUUAACGAAUGAUAUGCAAGAUUAAUAUUUUAUACAUGAUUAUCAUAUUUACUCAAAAUUUAAUCCAAUAGAAAUUAGAGCCCUAAUUUAUUUUGAGAACCUUAAACUUAAACUAGCAGAUUCAGGGAUUGAAUUUUUAUUUAAAUAAACCUAAUUUGAGACAUUUCUAACUUAGAAUUAAAAAAAAAUUAUUAAUAUGUACUGUCAGAAAUUUAUAACUAAUUAAUAUAAUGUGUUUCUAGUUGGAAGUUAAGAUGCUGAAAAUAUUAAAGAAUAAUCGAGAUAAGAUUUUUAUUAAUCUUAUGAAGCCUUAACCGAAACUAUAUUCAAAAAGGAAGAAAGAUAAAAAUUUACAGGUUGUGAAUUAAAAAUAGAUUAUAUAAUAUCAGAAGAUUCGAAGGAAUUAAUAAUUGAUUUCGAAAAUAAUGUAUGUUUUGCUUAUAGUAGAGCAUUGUUUGAAAUUUUAAAUUUUAUUGAUAUAGAUGAAAAUAAUUUUCCUUAAGAUAACUAGAGUUUUAAAAAAUCAGUCACAAUGAUAAAUUGGAAAGGAAUUAUUACAUAUCCAAAUGAAAGUUCUAAUGAUAAUUUAGUAUCUAGGGGAGGGAUUAAUUAUAUUUUGGAAAAAAAUAAGGAUAAUACUUCAUAAAAGUUAACAAUCUCAAAUUUAGAAGUAUUUUUAUGUCCAGAAAAUGAGUUGCUUGAGCACAAUUUCAGUGAUGUAGUUAAAAGACAUGUAGUCUUACCCAUGUAUGCUUAUGUAGGAUUAAAUGAAAAGGAAAGCUAAUAAUAACUUGAUAUUUCAAUCGAGAAUCUAAAUAUUUAAGUCUCAUAUGAAGAUCUUACACCUAUUUUUGCAACAUAUUUAUUUUAAAAAAAGUAAAUUGAAUCAUAAAAGCCAAUAAAAUAAAAAUAAUAAUAAGGGGAGAAAUUACUUUUAGUCAAUGUUUAAAUAUAUUAGGCAGAUAUAGUCUUAGUUUCUUUUAUUGAAAGUCCUGUCCCUUUAUUUUAAUUUAUUAUUAAAGAUUAUCAGAUGAAUGUUACAAAAAGAGGAAAGUAUAUUAUGAAUUAACAAACUGUGUUUCAAGCGUAAUUUUUUAAUUUAGAUAUUGGUGCUUGGGAACCUUUCAUCGAGCCUUUAGUGAUAUUGAGUGAUCAUUCAAAAGAUUAAAAAGGCAACCCUUAAAAUUUCACUUCAAUUGUUGUUAAUGAAUCAAGUGAAUUACCAAUGAAUAUCAAUUUCACAAAAGAAAAUAUUAAAUAAUUGAUAGAAUUACAUAGGAGAUGGAGGUAAUCCAUUAAAAAUGUUGAAUAAAGCAUUUAAAGGAAGCAGCGUUCUCCAUCUAGAAUUUCUAGAAAUAGUUCAAUUGCACAAUCGGCUAUAGAAAAAGUAGUUUUGAUGUCUCCUUAUAUUGUUGAUAAUUAAACAGGGUAUGAAAUUGAACUAACAAUAAUUAAUAAAACAUAAAAGAAAAUUGUAACUGUAGUCGUUGCUGCAUAUUAAUAAUUUGCAUUAAAAUACGCUGAAAACAUGGAGAAAAGGGUACUUUCAAUAUUUAUAAGAUCUCCUUCAGCUAUUUUCAAAGAAAUAAACAAUUUAAACUUUUCGAGAAAUAAGGAUGAAUCAAGACAAAUUGAGUACAAGAUAGGAAUGCUUAAUAAAUAGACCUAAAUUUUAAUUAGAAUUGAAACUUUAGAUUAAUAAAAAAUUCUCACUAUUAGUUCAGAUAUCUUAUUCAUAAAUAAUAGUUAAUCAGAUAUAGAACUGAAGUUGAUAAAUAAAAUAACAUAACAAUAAUUCAUUUUAAUAGUUUUACAAAAUGACAAAAAGUACAUUCCUUUAGGAUAUGAAUAAUCUAUGAUUUUAGUAAGAUAUUCAAAUGAUGGAGUUUGGUCUUAAGGAAUGGACUUAUAGAAACUUAUUCUGAAAAAUGGGAAUUUUAAUCUUUUUAUCAAUUCUCCAUGCUUAGUAUUAAGAGUUAUUCAGCCUGCUCUGAAAACUUAACCUUGUGUUCUCAAAUUUGUUUGUCCAUUUGCUAUUAAAAACUUGCUACUAUUACCUAUAGACAUAUAUUUUUGCAUUGAAGAUUAUUGUAGAAUAGAGCCAAAUCAAGCUUUAAAGAUAUCAAAUUCAUAAUUAAGUAAAGGAUUAAAAUUUAAAAUUAAAUUGCCAGGAUUUUAAAAAUCCCAACAAAUCGAGAUAAACGAUUAAUUUAAAACACAAGAUUUCAUUAUACGAGAUUUUCUUGGUUUAGAGUUAAAUUUGUAAUUAAUUCCUUUAUAGGAUGGAGAAGGAUUAAUUACAAUAGGGGUGGAUGGUGGUUUGACUAUCUAAAAUUCUUUAGGAUUAAAUAUAUAUUUUUAUACUCAAAACUAAUAAAAGUAAUUGAUUUAUUAACCUGGAUAACCUAUAUUUUAAAUCACUGAUCAGGCUGAUGAUAAAUUAAGAGAAGACGGGUGUUUAUAAAUUGUUAAUUUGGUAGAUAAUAUAUUGAUUACUUUUGAGUAAUGCAAUUAAGAAUAAAACCCAGAAAAAAUUUCCUAACCUAUUGAUACUAAAAUAAAUGGAUAAUUUAUUGUUUAAAUUCCAAAAGAACUAGGUUAUAUGGAUAUAAUAAUAGAUGUUUAGACAAUUAUUGCACAUAAUAUUAGUUAAAAAAAAAUAAUUAAUCUCAACCCGCGAAUUGUUAUUGUCAAUAAACUAAAAACAAAUUUAUCUAUAUUCUAGGAUCGUUGUAAUUAAGAAAUUUUUAUAAUGCCAGAUGCUAAAUUACCGUAUUUUUGGAGGAAGAUUUAGGGAUCAAAAUAUUUAAAGUUCAAACUUAAAGAUCUAAGUAGUGGCUCUAUAUCAGCUGAAAUGCAAGGAACCCUCAAUUUACCUUUGAGAAAUUCUAAAGGUUAAUUAAUGGAUUAUUUAAGUAUUAACUGUAUGGAGGAGGAUAAAAUUAAAUACAUAAUAGUACAAGAAUCCACUCAAAAGCCUUUAUAUAAAAUGAUCAAUAAAUUGAACUACGACAUUUGCUUUUAUUAGACUGAUAUCCAAGAAUUGAAUGAGUAUAUCAAAACAAAUCUACCAAUUGGUGGAAGUGUUGACUAUUCUCUAGAUAACCCUGGUUAUUCUAGAAUGAUAACUUUAGAAUUAUAUAAAAAUGGAUAAUUUUCUGAUUUUGUGAAAGUAGAAUUAGUUAAUUCUGAUUAAACACGUCAAUAUAAGAUGGCUGAUGACGAAAUAUUCUAUUUAAAUACAUAAUUUUCUUUAGACUAAAGAUAAAUGAUUGUAAUUAUAUCCAAUAGUGAGUAAUAAAGCAAAUAAUAUAAUUAUGAUAAUAUUCUGAAUUAAUUUAGCGUUCUCAUACCAAAAUUAAAUAUAUCAAUAAUAAAUUCACAUCCGAGGGAUGAACUCCUUGCUAUUUCCAUUUAAAAAAUAGAAUUUAUUUAACUAGCUGAUAUAUUAGAAACCAUUUAGAUUAAAAUUUAAGAUUUAUAAAUUGAUAAUAAUCAGCAUUUUAGAUGUACAUAUCCUGUUUUAGUAACAUAGUAAAAUGAAAAACCUAACAUCCCUUUCAUGAAUGUUUUAUUAAAAAGGGCCCAUUAAAUAAAUUUCAUCAAUUAUUUUUAAACUAUAAAAUUGGCUAUUCAGCCUAUAUCUGUUAGAAUAACUGAAGGGACAUUUUGUGAUCUGGAAAGCUAUCUAAAGUCUUUAGAAUGGAUUGAAGAAUAAAAGAUGAAAUAAUUGAGGAUAUGGUAAAAGGAUAAAAGUUUAAAAUAAUAAUUGUGCUUUUUCGAUAAUUUAUAAUUUUUUCCACUUAAAUUAAAACUAUCAUUUCAGAAAGUCGAAAAAAGAAAUAACAAAUAAUACCUCAAAUCAGCUGCUAGUUAAGCCAUAAAUUGCGAUGAAGUAAGCAUUACAAUUAAAGGUUAUGCAGUGACUAAUUGUUUUACAACUUGGGAGUAACUUUAAAAUAAAAUGAUACAAAAUUAUAAGGAUGCUAUUUUUUCAAAUCUAUAUAAGUUAGCAGGUUCGAUUGAUUUGUUAGGAAAUCCUAUCGGAUUGAUUGAAAAUGUAUAAGAAGGGUUUUAAGAUUUAUUUGAAAUGCCAUAUGAUGGAUUCGUACAGGGUCCAUUAGAAGGAGGUUUAGGUAUAGUAAAAGGAGUUGGAUCUUUAACAAAAGGGGUAGUUUCAGGGACCUUCAAUUCUGUUAGCAAAAUAACUGGAAGUGUAGCUUCAGGCAUAUCAUAAUUAUCGAUGGAUGAUGAUUAUUUAUAUUAGAGAUAAUUACAAAAUUCAAAAAAAGCUAAGACUGUUGUUCACGGUUUAGGGUAAGGAAUGAUCAGCCUUGUAUCAGGAGUGGGUUAUGGAAUAGCUGGGCUUGUAACUCAACCUUAUCAAGGAGCAGAAAAAGAUGGAGUUGGAGGUUUUUUUAAGGGAGUUUCUAAAGGCUUAGCUGGCUUAGUCAUUAAACCUGUUACUGGCGCACUUGAUUUGGUGAGUAAAACUUCAGAAGGAGUUAAGAAUACAGCCAAUUUUUUCGACGAGAAACCAAAUGAAAUCAGAAAAAGACUCCCUAGAAUAUUUUAUGGAGAAGAAUAAAUAUUAAGAAAUUAUAUGUUACAAGACUCAGAAAUAAUGUAUAUUUUAGAUAGUAAAAUUUUUGAUCAAUAAUUUUAGAGCUAAUUCCUGGUUUAAUGUUAAUUGACACUUUCGUGUUCAUGAUCACAAAGUACAAAUUUGCCUAUGUAGUCACAGCAAAAUAAUUUAUAUUACUGGAAAUAUUAAAAAAGCAAGUUCUGAUUGCAUUUAAUAAUGAAAAUUUAAAGGCAUUUGAAUCUCAAUAAAAAGAAUACAAGAUAUAUCUUUACAAUUCUAAAAUAACAUAUAAAGAGAGAGCAAAAGUAAAGGCUUUUAUUGAAUAAAAAAAAGAGUGUUUGAUAAUAAAGCAAUCGGAUGAAUUAAUACAUUAAUUUUUAAAUUAGAAGUUUAAUUAAAUACUUUAACUCAUGUAUGAUGUCUGA